AUGAGGCAGUUUAACGUCUUGAAGUUCCUUCUUUUCUGGAGGACGCAAGAGGACGAUCCUCGCAGUAAAGAGACCGCUCCUCUGAUACCGAAGCAAAGAGACAAACGGGACUGUGUUUCAGCUGUGCACAAUAUUGACACACAGACAGCUGUAUUUGGCUCCACUAAUGGUGAAGAGGUGCAUGAUGGGAAGGCGAGGCAGGACUGGGAGACACCCUGGUCAUGUGAUGGGGUGCUGAAGCUGCUGCUGUUCUUGGGCACCCUGCUGUUCAGCGCUGUCGGGCUGGGGGGCCUGGGCCUGGGGCUCUGGGGUCUGACAGAGAAGGAGUCCUUCGCCCAGGAGAGGAUCGGCCAGCUGGGGGCUGACCCCAUGCUCCUGUUUGUGUGUGGGGGGCUGCUGCUGGCUCUGCUCAGCCUGGUGGGGUGCGUGGGUACACUGCGGGAGAACGCCUGUCUGCUCCAUGCCUUUAGCGCCGCCCUGCUGGUCCUCCUGAGUGCCCAGGUGCUCCUCGCCAUCGUAGCCUUCUCCCUCCAUGGCCAGAUCGAGGGCUACCUGCGCUCUGCCAUGCUAACUGCCAUGGCUCGUUACCAGGACGACCUGGACCUGCACUUCCUCACCGACGAGCUGCAGAUGAGCCUGCAGUGCUGCGGAGCUGACAGCUACCGGGACUGGGAGAUCAACAUGUACUUUAACUGCUCAGGGCCGGGGGUGCAGGCGUGUGGGGUGCCCCCGUCGUGCUGCGUGUCCCCUCUGGAGGAGGGCAGCGUGUGGAACUCUCAGUGCGGGGUGGGGGCCCAGCGGCUGGACGAGUUUUCGGCGGGGGCGGUGGUGUUCCUGGGGGGCUGCCUGGGGGGGCUGCAGCGCUGGGUGGAGAGGAACUCGGGCUCCAUCGGGUGGGCGGGGGGCGGGCUGCUGGGGGCACAGGUCCUGGGGCUGUUCCUCUCCACACGCCUGCUUGAGCACAUCCAGAGGAGCCAAUCCCAGCGCCACAUCAGCUCUGACCCCGCCCACAUCAGCUCUGACCCCGCCCACAUCAGCUCUGACCCCGCCCACAUCAGCUCUGACCCGCCCACUGAAACUCUGACCCCACCCACAGACAUGAUAGCAAAAGUUAUCAAAACAUUCCAUUCAUUAUGA